CCUUCCAAAACCUAUAUAUAAAGCAAUCCAUCACCAGACCGGGAGCAUCAGGUGCUUUUACCUUCCUCGAAAUCAAAAGAUUCGCUGCCUAAAACCCAAAAAAAAAGAAGAGAGAGAAACCUAGAAACAUGGCAGACGAGAGCCCUUCUGCUAAGAGAUGGCUUCCACUUGAAGCCAACCCUGAUGUUAUGAACCAGUUCCUUUGGGGGCUUGGUGUCUCGCCUGAGGAGGCAGAGUGCUGUGAUGUCCUUGGAUUGGAUGAAGAACUUUUGGAAAUGGUUCCAAAGCCAGUGCUUGCUGUGCUGUUUCUGUAUCCCAUCACGCCACAGACUGAAGAAGAAAAACUAAAAAAAGACAGCUUGAUCAAGGAUCCUAGUGCUGGAGUAUACUUUAUGAAACAAACUGUCGGAAAUGCCUGUGGAACAAUUGGGCUUCUUCACGCCGUUGCUAAUAUUACUUCAGAGAUAAAUCUUGCUGAGGGCUCAUACCUGGACAAGUUCUUUAAAACUACAGCAAACAUGAACCCAGAGGAGCGUGCAGCAUUCCUUGAAAAUGACAAAGAAAUGGAAGUUGCUCAUUCUGUGGCUGCUAGUGGUGGUGACACAGAGGCUAGAGAUAACGUGGACACCCAUUUUAUUUGUUUCACAUGUGUGAAUGGACAACUUUAUGAGCUUGAUGGAAGGAGGUCCGGACCAGUUUCACAUGGUUCUUCCUCUUCAAGCAGCUUGUUGCAUGAUGCAGCUGAGGUUAUUCGGAAGAUGAUGGAGAAAAACCCAGAUUCACUAAACUUCAACGUGAUGGCCAUUUCUAAAAGGGUUUGAGGAGAAUAGACGAUACAACAUGAACAUCCAUUGCUGCCAUUGAGAAGUUGACCCACCUGGCUCUACCAGCUUCUUGGCCUAAACCAUGAGGACUGUUAUUUUGCGCUCGUAAUUACAUGUAAUGACAGAACCAGUUUUACUAGAAUUAUUAAGCCCUGGAAGAAGUCAGCUGUAACUCACAAAACUAAGUAGUUAUACGUUUGCCUGAUAAGUAAAUGAUGACUUAGUUACUGCCAGAAUUUCUUCAGUACAAUCA